AUGAAGAGCGACUUAAUGGUUAUUGUGGAUAAUUCCAUGUACAGCAUAAACAAAGACUACACCGUGGAGAGACUGCAGAUGCAAAUAGAUGCAAUUAAGACCAUAACUGAGCAAAGGCUGAACGAGUCAAGCGAAUCAACAGUUGGUGUCAUGACACUGGGAAGGAGUGCUACAAUUAAAAUAGUGUCACCCACCACAAACAAAAAUGCAAUAUACUCCUACCUGCACUCAAUUAACAGAGAUGAGGAUAUUCAUGGCGGGAAUGCAAUUCUUAUCUCCAGGAUGGCCUUAAAGUAUAGGACAAACACAAGGCAAAGUGUUCUUCUGUUUAUGGGAAGCCCCUUGGAUGAUGAUAAUCUUAUGCUGACAAUUGAGUCAAUUGAAGAGACCUUGAAUAACAAUGUGUCUGUGGGGGUUGUUUUAUUUGGGGAGGCCUUAGAUCACUACGCAGUCCUCAAAGGCACCAUAGAAGAGUCAAGUGAUUUUGCAUGUAUUCCAGUGGAGCCAAGCCAGUCAUUCAUGGAGGGCGUGUCAGCUGCCCUUAGGGAGACAAUUGAGGAGAUAGAUCCAGAGCUAGAGCUGGCCAUUCGCAGAUCCUUAGAGGAUGCAGCAACCCCAUCCAGUGCACAUGAAUAA